AUGACUUUCCUCCCAGAGGCGAGGACACCUGGACGAGCGGCGGGGCGCGCAGUGGCCCUGACCCUCGUGCUGCUGCUCCCCGCCCUGUCUGCCGGCGCCCCGCCACGCCUGCCCCGGCUGCAGCCCAGCAUGCCCCACGUGUGCGCCGAGCGGGAGCUGACCCUGGUGGGCCAUCGCCAGCCCUGUGUGCAGGCCUUCAGCCGCACUGUGCCCAUGUGGACACCAGGCUGCGGGCCACAGAGGUGGUGCGUCAGCCACGUGAGGAGGACCUACUACUACACAGCCUACAGGCAGGUGUACACCACUGAGGCCCGGACACUGCUCAGGUGCUGUCCCGGGUGGACCCAGCGGCCCGGCGACAGGGGCUGUCUCUCCCCCGUCUGCAGCUCUGGAAUCUGCUUCAACGGCGGCCGCUGCCAGCCAGGCUCCACCCAGCCAUGCCUCUGUCCCCAAGGCUUCCAGGGUCCCCGUUGUCAGUACGAUGUGGACGAGUGCCAGGUGCACAACGGUGGCUGCCAGCACAGGUGUGUGAAUACCCCAGGCUCCUACCUCUGUGAGUGCAGGCCCGGCUUCCGGCUCCACACCGAUGGCAGGACCUGCCUGGCCAUCAACUCCUGCACCCUGGGCAAUGGUGGCUGCCAGCAUGACUGCAUCCAGCUCACAGCAACACGGCACCGCUGCCAGUGCCGGCCUGAGUACCAGCUCCAGGAGGACGGCAAGCGCUGCGUCCGGAGAAGCCCAUGCGCCGACCGAAAUGGUGGCUGCAUGCACACCUGUCAGGCCAGCCGGGGCCUCGCCCACUGCCAAUGCCACGCCGGCUAUCAGCUGGCCGAGGACCACAAGGCCUGUGAAGAUGUGGACGAGUGUGCCACGGGGCAGGCCCAGUGUGCCCAUGGCUGCCUCAAUACACAAGGAUCCUUCAAGUGCGUGUGCCAUGCGGGCUACGAGCUGGGCGCUGACGGCCGGCAGUGCUACCGCAUCGAGAUGGAAAUUGUCAACAGCUGUGAGGCCAACAACGGCGGUUGCUCCCACGGCUGCAGCCACACCAGCUCAGGGCCCCUCUGCACCUGUCCCCGUGGCUACGAGCUGGACGCAGACCAGAGGACGUGCAUCGACAUGGACGACUGUGUGGACUCACCAUGCUGCCAGCAGGUCUGCACCAACACCCCUGGUGGCUACGAGUGUAGCUGCUACGCGGGUUACCGGCUCAGCGCUGAUGGCUGUGGCUGUGAGGAUGUGGACGAGUGUGCCUCCAGCCACAGCAGCUGUGAGCACCACUGUGCCAACCUGGCCGGCUCCUUCCAAUGCUCCUGCGCGGCAGGCUUCCGGCUGCUGGAGGACCGCAGGGGCUGCGCCCCACUGGAGGAGCCGGCGGUGGACCUGGAUGGUCAGCUGCCCUUCUUACGCCCCCUGCCCCACAUCUCGGUGCUGCGGGACGAGCUGACCCAGCUCUUCGAGGACGAGGAGGAUGGCAUGGCUGACGAGGAGGAGGUGGAGGCGCGGGGCGAGCAUACGCUGGCCGAGAAGUUCGUCUGCCUGGACAACUCCUUCGGGCACGACUGCAGCCUGACCUGCGACGACUGCAGCAAUGGGGGUACCUGCCUGCCGGGCCUGGAUGGCUGCGACUGCCCUGAGGGCUGGACUGGACUCAUCUGCAACCAGACGUGUCCUCCAGACACCUUUGGGAAGAACUGCAGCUCCUCCUGCAGCUGUCAGAACGGUGGGACCUGUGACCCUGUAACGGGGGCCUGCCGCUGCCCCCCAGGUGUCAGCGGAGCCCACUGUGAGGAUGGCUGCCCCAAGGGUUUCUACGGCAAGCAGUGCCGGAAGAAGUGCCACUGCGCCAACCGAGGCCGGUGCCACCGCGUCUACGGGGCCUGCCUCUGCGACCCGGGGCUCUAUGGCCGCUUCUGCCACCUCGCCUGUCCCCCAUGGGCCUUCGGACCGGGCUGCUCGGAAGAGUGCCUCUGUGACCAGCGGAACACGCGGGCAUGCGACCGGAGGGACGGCAGCUGUGCCUGCAAGCCAGGCUUCUGGGGGGAGUGGUGCCAGCACGAGUGCCAGCUGGGGUUCUUCGGGCCGGGGUGCCAGCAGGCAUGCUCCUGCCCACCAGGUGUGGCCUGCGAUCCCGAGAGCGGUGAGUGUCAGAAGCAGUGUCCUGCCGGCUACCAGGGCAAGGACUGUGACCAAGAGUGCCCUGGGGGCACGUUUGGCGUGAACUGCUCCAUCUCCUGCUCCUGCCGGGGGGCCCCCUGCGACCGGGUCACAGGGCAGUGCCUGUGCCCACCAGGGAGGACCGGGGACGACUGUGGGGCAGAGUGUCCCGAGGGCCGCUGGGGACUCGGCUGCCAGGAGAUCUGCCCCACAUGUGACCACGGUGCCAGCUGUGACCCAGAGACAGGAGCCUGCCUGUGCCCACCUGGCUAUGUGGGCAGCCACUGCCAGGACGCAUGCCCGGCAGGCUGGUUUGGGCCUGGCUGCCAGGCCAGGUGUUCCUGUGCCAAUGCAGGGCACUGCCACCCAGCGACCGGGCAGUGCAGCUGUGCCCCAGGGUGGACGGGCUUUGACUGCCGCAGAGCCUGUGAUGGGGGGCACUGGGGGCCUGACUGUAGGCACCCCUGCAACUGUAGCUCUGGGCACGGGAGCUGUGAGGCUGCCAGCGGCCGCUGCCUGUGUGAGGCCGGCUACACGGGCCCACGCUGCGAGCACCGGUGUCCCCAGGGCUACUUUGGACUGGGCUGUGGACAGCGGUGUCGGUGUGAGCACAGUGCAGCCUGCGACCACAUCAGCGGGGCCUGCACCUGCGCAGCCGGCUGGAGGGGCACCUUCUGCGAGCGUGCCUGCCCUGCCGGCUUUUUUGGCGUGGACUGCCUCAGGGCCUGCGACUGUGCCGGUGGAGCCCCCUGUGACGCUGUGAGCGGGGCCUGUGUCUGCCCAGCAGGCUGGCGUGGCCCUCGUUGUGAUCAGGCCUGCCCCGCCCACACCUAUGGGCUCAACUGCAGCCAGGCUUGCCUCUGUGCCAACGGGGCGGCGUGUGACCCAGUGCUCGGGGGGUGCCGCUGCACCCCAGGCUGGACAGGGCCCACCUGCCUACAGGCCUGCCCCGAAGGCUUGUACGGUGAGGACUGCCAGCGCCCCUGCGUCUGUCAGAAUGGAGGCACCUGUGACCCUGUCUCAGGCCACUGCUCGUGCCCUGAGGGCUGGGCUGGCUCAGCCUGUGAGCAGGAGUGUCUCCCUGGGCGCUUCGGGGCCGGCUGCCAGUACAGCUGCGACUGCCUCAACGGGGGGCUCUGCAACCCCCGCACGGGCACCUGCCUCUGCCUGGCUGGCUGGGGUGGGGACAGGUGCCAGAGCCCCUGCCCACCUGGCUGGUUUGGAGAGGCCUGUGCCCAGCGCUGCCACUGCCCACCAGAUGCUGCCUGCCACCAUGUCAGUGGGGAGUGUGGCUGUCCCCCUGGCUUCACUGGGCCCAGCUGUGAGCAGGCCUGCCCGCCUGGCACCUUUGGAAAAGACUGUGCCCAAAGAUGCCAGUGUCCCAGUGAGAACCAGGCCUGUGACCCCAUCCUGGGGACCUGCAUGUGUGUGGCUGGCUACCAUGGCAGUGGCUGCCAGCAACGCUGCCCACCUGGGUGGUUCGGGCCGGGCUGUGAGCAGCAGUGUGUAUGCCACAACAGUGGCUCCUGUGAUGCGGCCACGGGUGCCUGCCACUGCCCCGCUGGGUUUCUGGGGGCCGACUGCAGCCUUACCUGCCCACAGGGCCAUUUUGGGCCUGGCUGUGUCCACAUGUGUGAGUGUUGGGGGGGAGUGGCCUGUGACCCCGUGACGGGCGCCUGCACCUGCCCCCCCGGGAGAACUGGCGCCCACUGUGAGCACGGCUGCCCCAAGAACCAUUUUGGCAUGGGCUGUGAGAGCGUGUGCCUCUGCAGAAACGGGGGUCUGUGCCACCCUGCCAAUGGCAGCUGUGCCUGCAGCCUGGGCUGGACAGGGCUGCACUGUGAGCAGGCCUGCCCACCUGGGCGCUACGGUGCUGCCUGCCGCCUGGAGUGCUCCUGCCACAAUGGCGCUACCUGCGAGCCCGCCACGGGGGCCUGCCACUGCAGUCCCGGCUUCUACGGCCCUGCCUGCGAGCACCCUUGUCCCCCGGGCUUCCAUGGGGCCGGCUGCCGGGAGGCAUGCCAGUGUCAGCAUGGAGCCCCCUGCCACCCCAUCACUGGCCAGUGCCUCUGCCCUGCCGGCUUCCAGGGCCAGUCCUGUCAGCAGAGGUGCGAGCCGGGCUCCUUCGGGGAGGGCUGUCGGCAGCGGUGUGCUUGCGAGGGGGGAGCACCCUGCAACCCUGUCACCGGCCUCUGCCUCUGCCCGCCUGGGCACAUGGGAACCACCUGUGACCUUGAGUGCACAGGGGGGCAUUUCGGACCCGGCUGUGCCCUGCAUUGUGAUUGUGGGGGCGGGGCUGACUGUGACCCUGUCAGCGGGCAGUGCCACUGCGUGGAUGGCUACACAGGGCCCACGUGCCGAGAAGGUGGGUCCCCCCAGCUCCUGGAAAGCCUGUCCCCAGGCCUGGGCCCAGGUAAAGGGAUGGGGAAUGCUCACAUCAUUGGCAGCCACACGCCCAGCCUCCCACAGCCCAUCAUCCAGGCUCAGCGACAGGGCAGCAGUGAACCAGUAGUUCUGAGGCAGCACUGGCUGAGACUCCGCCUCCCGUACUCCGGCCGAGGCGACCCAGGGGCUUUGGUGAUGGCUGAGGGUGCUCCAUGGACCCAGGACUCCGGCUCCGCCCUCAGCAGCAUAAGCACCUUCUCUCCGGAGGACUGUGGACAGAUGUAG